AUGGAGAUGGCGGGCUUGGCCAAGAUCAAGUGGUUGAGCGACCGGAAGAGUUUGUCUUCGCGCAAAACUUGUGCGGCAUUCCAAGCCAGUAUGUCAAGCUUCUCGCAGUUCUUGGACAACUUCUCAGGGAUUGCUGAGAUAGCCAAAUCUGCCGACCAGCAAUGUGGUGGCCUGGCCUUUGGCACUCUAUCUCUAAUGCUCAGUAUCUUUGUGCAUAAGACCCAGCGAGAGCAAGCUCUGGAUGAAGGGUUUGCAGAGCUCGGUCUGGCUUUGCCACGACUUCAAACUUUGCAGAAUCUCCGUCAAGAAGGCAUGAAGGAUGAUCUAGUGAGCUUUGAGCGACUCGAAGCUCUCAUCAUGACGACGUUCUGCCAGAUUAUCAAGUUGGCGCGGGAGACCGCAGAGUACUAUAGUUCCAAGUCCCGCAGGAUCAAAGAUGCAAUGUUGCCUGAGCAGAAAAAGAAUGCCAAUCUGAUCGAUGCUCGGAAUACCCUAUGCGAGAUCCGGAACGAAUGUGAUAUUCUGAUGUUGACAAGAAUCACCACCUUGCACCAGAAGCUCGAGGCCAUCAGCGUAGAUGUGAGAAAGACGCGCGUGGAAUCAGCCCAUGCAGGGUCUCAGUUAAGGCGCGCAAGGGAAUCUUCUGACACCAGCCAUCUUGCAGAGCUGAGGCAGAUUCUCGGAGUACAAGAGCUAUCGGCAAACGUCAAUGUGAAGAAGUACAAGUCGCUCCUGGCCAGUGCAUUCUUUUCGGGCAGCGCUCUUCGUUCCAAGUACUGCCGUCCCAAGAAGAUCUCGAUGGAACUGCUGAGAGGAGAGGGAGAGUUCGACAAGUGGUGGGCGAGUUCCAAGUCCUGUCUUCUUUUAGCGGGUGGAAGUAAUUUUGUGGACGAUCAUUCAUCGGGCUCUCUGAAUUGGUUGUCGUACGGCGCCAUACUCGCCAUCGAGGAGCUUCGCCUGCAAGACCGAAACGUUGCCUUCUUUCUGGCCCAGACGAGCUGGUCGGUCAAUGAGCGAAAGCGUUGCACGAUCCGGCAGAUCAUCGUGAAUCUGAUCUACCAGAUCUCAGCCAUGCAUGACGACCUGCUCCGCAGCAAAAUCGACAGGCUAAAAGCAGCAGUGCAGAGCGCAGCAUGGAACGAGAAUAACGGUGAUGCUUUCUGGCUCAAAGCACAGCCGCUGCUACUAGAGAUUUUCUCGACUUUUUCGUGCGAGGAGGAGAUCUUUAUUGUCGUAGAUCGCCUGGAUCAAUGCGCCUGGAGCGAGGAUGAGGACGAGGACGAGGAAGACGAGGACGAUUCCUCCCCCUCAUCCUCAUCCUCGUACUCUUCCCCCACAGGACUGGACAUGUGCCAUGCCAUUGAGGAACUACUCCAUAUCGCAGCCGAAGCACACUGCCACGUCAAGAUCCUGUUGACCAUGGACACCGCUUCGUCCCAGAAAGUGGCGCGGGGGAGGAGCAGGAUGUCCAAGAAAGAGCGUAAAGUGCUGCUGUUGAAGGCAGAAUGGUGUCAGGCCACAGACGAGGGCCGAUCCGAUGAGUGA